UGUGUGUAUACUCAAUUGCUUGAAUUAGAAGUUGCCUUAUAAAUGAAGCAUUUAUUGGGCAAACGUGGCAGGGGCAGCCACGGGUUCCACGGCCACGGCCACGGGCUCCACGUACGGGCGGUACACUUCUUCCUUGGGUUCCAAGAUCGUGACCACGUCGUCGAGGUUGCGCUUAGGGCCCAAGCGACCAGUGGGGUCAUGGGGCAACAUGAUGGACACCUUGACGCCCAACACACCUUGGCGCAUCAACACGUGGCGGACGGCGGUGUCGACGUACUCCUUGUUGGCGUCACCAGUCUUGACCAUGAAUCCUUCCUUGAACUUCAUGGCCUUGGCACGCUGCGCGCGCAGCUUACCAGACACGAUCACUUCGCAACCCUUGGCACCGGCUUCGAGCACGAAGCGCAACACACCCAUGGCGGCGCGGCGCACGGCGAGGCCGCCCAAAAGCUUGUACUUGAGGGAUUCGGCUUGAGCUUGCGCACACAAACCGCGGUUGGCCACGCGUUCGGCGUAGAGUUCCACGGCGCCGUCGGCAAAGUUGAAACGCUUUUGCACGACCGACGUCAGUUCGCGGAUGCGCUGGCCCUUUUCGCCGAGCACUUCCUGCGUCUUGGUGGCGCGGAUGAUGACUUCGGUGCGGAGAGGGGUCACGCGCACUUCGACGCCGGCAUACCCAUCUUCAGCCAACUCGCGUUGCAACAACUCGUUGAGUUCGGCGAAGAAGACACCGUCGGCGACGAACUUUCGCUUCUUGGAAAUGUUAAGGGCCAUCUUUAGUUCAAGCAAAAAAAGCAAUUGAGAAG